AUGCGCACAUCCCGCCUGGUGCCCGAGGCCCAGAUGAGCCAGACACAUCAGCACAGGCCCCAUCGGCAGGACGUCCCAAGGGCUGCACCAGCCGGGGGCUGGAACGGCGAAGGCGCGAGCUGGUGGGCUGCGUUGCUCCUGGCGGCUGUGGCGUUGAGGCCGGGGGAGGCGGUGUCCGAGCCCACGACGGUGGCGUUCGACGUGCGACCUGGCGGCGUCGUGCACUCUUUCUCCCAGAACGCGGGCCCGGGGGACAAAUAUACAUGCACGUUCACCUAUGCUUCUCAAGGAGGGACCAACGAGUCCAAAGCUGCGUUUGAAAGAGAAAGCGACGUCCCCCUGAAAAACGAGGAAUUUGAAGUGACCAAAACAGCAGUCGCCAUGCCGCCAUCCAAGAGAUUAGCUGAGCCAACCACCCUGGAGCGCUCGGCCGCCGUGGGCCCGGCGCUUCUGCGGGCAACGCGGAGAGUGCAGGGAGGCGCGCACUGGUUUCAGAAAAGCCGGGAGUCCCCCUGGGAGUCCUCCACCGAGUGCCUCAGUCCGUGCCUCUUUCGGUAA